AUGCUUCAAAUCCCAAUCUCAAUCCCAAUCAAUUCUGCUCCGAAAUUCAAUUCAAUCAAAACUUACAUCCACAAGGUUCGAAUAAAAGAUGAUUUGAUCACAGCUUCGUGGAUCCCAGGGACACGCUUGAUAGCUUUCUCGACGGACCCAGCGCAAGCUGAGCAAGUCAUACCAAAACGCGAUAAACCGCCCUUGAAAUCGCUUCCUCGAUCUCAACCACAGUCGUCUCUUAAGAUGAUCCGCCGCCGUGAGACCUCGUUAAGUGUUCCGGAACAACGGGGUAACGCUCGAUGA